AACGGAAUAAAAAAGAAACGUAAUUUUUUAGCGAAAUGCGUGCAUUUUUCGAAUAAUUUUCAAAAUUUGAGCUAAAUUUGCAAUUUGAUCACGAAAUGAGAUGAAAAAUUCGAUACUUUGCACGCAGGAAUCAUCUAUAAUCAUUCCCAAACCGUUGGAAGUUUCUAUGAAAAUAAUCAGCUGGGUCACUUCCUUUUGCUAGCCCGUUUUAUCGGUGUAAUUUAUCCCGUACAUUGCAUGAUAUUCCAUUAAAAUAUUUAUUAUUUCCUUCGCUAACUAAUAUAUCACGUAACGUCGACGAAAACUCGAUGAAAAUCAAAGUUUUGAUGGAAAAAUUGUAAUUAGUUGAUACGGUUUUGUUUGUCAUGAAAAUUAACUUAUUGACGCCAUUUUUAUCCAUCAAGGUGGGGAAUUUGAAAUAAAGAAGAAAUUAUAAUGAAUGUUGUACGAAGCAGUAACAACUUUUCAUCAAAUACUCAUAUCGCUUGAUUAAUCGUCGAGGAAUGUAGAAUUAUACAAUUCCAGAUUUGUAAAGAUGUUAGCGAAUGCGAAAAGAAAUGAAGAAGAUGAAAUGCUCGACAAUGAGAUGGCUACAUCGCAAAAUGGAUCUAGCCAAGUUGACAUGAACAAUGAAACGGAUUGUAAAUCGUUGAAACUCGAUAUUACGUCAGCAAUAAAUGAAAACGUAUUCGAUGUGAAAGAUGUUUCGUACGAUGUACGUAGAGUGAACGGUGAUUCGGAUCCGAAUGAUUGGUUAUCAACGUCAUCGUCGUCGUCGUCGUCUUCGUCAUCAGACUCGGAAUCCGAUCAUAAUGUAAUCGAUCACAUUAAAACACCACCACCUCCGCAUCAUCAAUCCGAGCCGCAGCGACGUUUAUCUAACGAAUCUAGUCAUUUCGACGACGUAGAAAGUCCGAAAGAUACGAACGGUUCGUUGAAUGGUUCGAUGACUCGUGUACCUGUGACUAAAGCUCCGUUUACGAAAAAAGUACGCCCUCUGAAGAUCUGCUUCGGUGUGAAGAACUCGGUAAACGGGUUAAAAGUGAAGAAUUCCAAACUAUCGAACGAUUCCGGCUCCAAAGUGCAUUAUAUUGAACGACCACCUCAAGCUAGCGACGAAAGCGACGAUGGUAAUUUAAGCGAACCGGAGCCGGAACCUGAACCAGAGUACGCUCAGUAUUUAGGACUAAAACCGUCGGUGAAGUUCAAAUGUUCUCGCUGUGGUGUGAAGAAUUUCGCUUCGAUGGCUUUGCUGAACGAGCAUAUGGCCAGCUGCGACGGUCAAACGCCUCUAACCGUGUCGACGGCGGUACCUUCGUCGUCGAUGAUGAACGGAGGCGGCGACGAGAUGUCGACUAAUUUAAGAAUAACGCGUAAAGUAUACCUGUGUUCGUCGUGUGGCACGUAUUAUCAAAGCUACGAUUUAUUUAUCCAUAUGCGCGAGAAACAUCAAAAGCAAAUAUGUCUAGUUUGUUUCAAUAUGUUCGCCAAAUCGCAGCAGCUUUGUGAUCAUCUCAUCUCGGCGCAUAAUCUUAAACUGGGCGAGUACACGAAUGUUUUGCAGAUACGUAACGCGUACAAAGGCUCGUUUUAUAUUACAUGCUGCACUUGUAACCGAUUAUUCUCCGAAGACGAACCGUUCGAUCAACAUAUCUGCGAACCGAAUGUGGUCGCUCCGUUGAUGCCUCCGGCCGCUCCGGUAGUCCGCGAGAAUGCCAGUGUUACCACCCGUGAUAAUAUUACCGAUAGUAAGUUACCGUACAAGAGCCACACUCCGCUCAGAGUACCUCCUACGUCGAAUUAUGAUUUGUCACCUCGUCUUUCUUCACCGGAAUCUGUAUCGUCGCCGACUCGGUCACCAGAUCCAACAGUCAAUCUACCCCAGGAACACGAACAAAUCGCAGACGAUACUGUGCCUUCCGAGCCUGAUCGCGAGAUGCACGAAGAACCUGCUCAGUCACCUAUGCAAGUUGCACAAUCUACUUCACCGGUUCAGCGACCAGAUUAUUUCGUACCUGAUGAACCUGCUUCGCACGUUGAACCAGAACUGAGACCUGAUUCAGAACCGGAGCAAGAUUCGGAACCACUUCUAAACGAUACAAUCACUCCUACACCGUAUGAAAACAGCGCUGAUCCCGAAUACUGCGAACCAGUAGCGCCGGAAACGUAUCCGGAAGAACCCGAAGCAGCUGAACGUGUCGAUGCCAUCGAAGAAGCUGCCCAGUCGAAGACUACCUUAUCAGAUGACGAUUCGCUCAACGCGUCGUCACCGAAUCGUCUCGCUGAUCUAGACGAGCCUGCGGUUGCCGAUACUGUAGAUCCUGCCACAGCUGCUGGAGCUCCAGAAGAGGAAAAAAUUGCUCAACCAUUACCGAUGGCGUUAAUGUUAGACGAAGCGAUAGCUUCUUUAGACGUUGAAACGCUGAUGAAAGAAUGCAUCCGAACGUCUUGUACGACUUGCGCGUAUUGUUACAACGCUACGUUAAUCUCAGUCAAUGCCCAACAACUGGGUACGCAUUUAUUAACCGAGCACCGCUAUAAACCUACUAAGAACGAAGACGAUAGCGAACAAGUCGAACAAAAGAUCCGAUCCAGCUUACCGGAUCUACAAGACGUCUUUCUCAGCGCAUCUUCGUCCAGUCUGUUCGACGGCACGUUUUCCUGUUUCCAGUGCUCGUUCACCGGCUCAUUGCUCAAAGAACUAGGCGCCCAUAAUCGCAAAGCUCACCAAAUGACUAUUUUUCUAUGCUGUAUAUGUAAAUGUAGCUUCAUCUAUUACAGCGAAAUACUGUGCCACGAGUGCCCCGGCGAGUAUUCCUACGACGUGCAUUCGCUAAAGUACAGAUGUUGUUUUUGUCCUCGUAAUCAUCUCCCUUCUGCGUUUCGUCUCAUGAUUCAUCUUCGUAAACAUCAUAAAUCGUGUAAUUUCUGCCUGCAGCAGUACAACGACCAGUACGAAUUAUUUGCUCAUAUGACCAAACAACAUAAAAUGCCUCAUCUUUGCUACAAGUGUAAUAUAGCUUAUCGCAGUCGAAACGAUAUCAAUAAACAUUUAUUCUGGAAACAUGGAACCGAAAGCGUCCUGUGCCAGAGAUGCCUGCAGAAGAAAUGGCCCCACACGUAUCAUUUUUGUAUGCCUGGUACGACGUAUACUUGCGACGAAUGUAGUCGUGUGUUCUCCAAAGCUGUAGCGUUGACUGUUCAUAGAAGAGCUCACAAUGGAGAGUUUCCGUUCGCUUGCGAAACUUGCGAUCAGAGGUUUAUAUCGAAGAAAUUGGUCAAUGCUCAUCGUCGAUUUGCUCAUCCUGAACUGUGUAAACCUGAAGAGCUCCUAGAUCCCUCGACGACGCAUCCGGACGCGAUCGAGCCAUCGAAACCGGACGAAAACAGCGACGGAGGCGGCCUCGACACCAGCGCAGCUGCAGAGCGACAAUCAGACGACGCGACGAAUGGUAAAAAACGUCGAAAAAAGAAACGCUCGAAGAAAGAAGAAAAGCUGAACGAGAAACCUCUUCUGGAUGAACUACCUCCGCUAAAUCUAUCAUCCGAGAGCGACGACGAAUCAGGCGCCGAUGAAGAAUCGCCUCCCAAGUCAGCGGUGGUAACAGCUGCAUCUACACCUAAACCAGAUCCACCUUUAUCGCCUCAGCCAACGGUAGAGAACGAGGAGGCGCAGUCACAACCUCAGUCAGAACCUGCGUUGCCUCCGGUGGCCGAAACCGAACCAGUCAACGAAGCUGUGGAAGAGAAAGCUGCCGAAGAGUCCGAUAUUCCUAAAGAGGCUGAACUUCCAGUCGUCACAGAUCCGGUGGCAGAUCCGGUCGUCGAAGCUGCUCCUGUAUUACCGCCCGAACCUGCUAAAUCACCAUCGCCAUCGAAAGAACAGCUAGAUAAAGAAUUGCUGGAGAAAACGUUGAAUUGCGUUCUGAUCGAGCAUUCGUAUUGUAUACCAGAAUCUAUUUUCCAUUCAGCCAACGUCGAUUUGAACAACUCUGUAGACGACGACUCGACAACGACGGCGAAACAUCAUCGACACGAAGGCUCCGUCACGCCGGAACGCUCCCAGCACCGACACGACGAUUCGGCCAAAACGGCGGACGACUCGUGCUGUAAAUCAGCCUCAUCCGCCGUCAAUACGCCUCGUAAACGUAAACACGCUGCUAAAAAUAAAACCUCUUCGGCCGAAUCCGCCUCCAGCAGCUCGUCCAGUGACUCGGAUUCAUCCAGCAGCUCGUGCGGUUCGAAUUGCAGCUGUAACCGUAGCAAUAGCGGUUGCUCUUCGAGCUCCUCAGCUGCUUCUGACUGCUCAACGACCCCAGAAAAGAAGAAACCUAAGAAAAGCAAACGAGAACGAGACGAAGAAGAAGAGAAACGAACGCAGCAGCAAAGAGAACAGAUGUUUUUGCUGGAUGCGCGCGAAUCUGAUCUAGAUACCGAGAUCUCAUCGGCCGGCGAGGAGUUCUACGAAGAAAGACCGUGCUACGUGCCUCCUCCACCGCCUCCUUCAGCCACGCCUCCGGUGCAACAGCAGCAGCAAACCGAUACGAAAAUGGAUCACGUGGACGAAUCGAUCGAACAGGUAGUCUACCAAUACGAUAACCAGCAAUCGCCUGCAUCUAAGAAGACAUCGACCAAGAGUCGUAGUAAAGAUAAGAAGAAGAAAAAGAAACGAAUCAAGCUCAGUCUAGCCGGCCGAAUACCGCCGAAUUGCGCUCCACUUCGAACGCUUCAGCAGCAGCAACAUCAUCAUCAACACCAUCAUCGUGGUGUGGCUACUUCGCCUCAAUCAGUUCCUAAUAACGAAUUCACCAAUCCGGAGUUAUUAAGGCAGAUGGCAGCAUCCCAACGACCGCCUCAAUUAGCCCAGCAAUACCAUCAGUAUCAUCCGUACUCGGAGGAGAAACCUCUAAGGCAGAUUAUGUCGGCCGGUGGAGUCGUCUCGGCUUACAACAGCGUCAACUCUUCGUUAGCUGAAAACUGCGUCUCGAAUUCAGACGGUGGACUACUUUCCGGCGGUGGCAGCACCGGAGGGAUGGCCGACGACUCGAAUUCGCGUCUAUCGAAACGAAAACGCGUCAAGAAUAAAUUCUACGGUUACAGUACCGACGACGAAGCCGGUAGAGACUCCUCGGCCCCGAAAAGCGUACCGAAGAAACGUGUACUAACCAAGAAACCCAGCCAGACGGGUAAAAGCCGACAACCAUUCAUCGGUAUCCGAGCCAAGCUAACACCUAUGAAUAAACGUCUCUCCAUUUCACUUCCUUUUACUCCGGUUCAAUACCAGGUACCGGAAACGCCGCCGGUAUCUUCCGUCAACAAUUACAGAUCACCUCAGACCCAGGCUUCGGCGGCUCUUUCGUCGUCAGUUUCAUCGGAUACUUAUAAUCCAUACCGGAACCGAUACUCGAGCAGCGAAGAUAGCGAUUCGGACGAGAAAAGGCAUACGUUAGUUAUAAAUUUACCCAACCCGAUGAAGAAAAAGAAUCGUUCACGUGUGAAUAACUCGUCACCAUAUAACCAACCUCCGCCAGCUCCGUCGCCGUCGCCUCCUCCGGCCAACUACUCGGAUGACUCGAUGUCUUCGAACAGUUACGUAUCAUCACCGCCUCAUCAACAUCAACCCCAGCCCGAAAUACGUGUACCAUCUCAAUACAACGCAGCGGCCGCCCAACAGGCCGCAGCUGCCGCAGCGAUGCGUCAGCAGCAGCUGUACAGAGCGAAAUUAGCGUCGACCAGUGGCGCGAUGGGUGUAGCCGCCUCUACCAAUUCGCCGCUGAAAAAUAGCGAAAAACUGUAUUGCUAUUGCCAAUGCCCGUACGACGAGGUAUCCGAGAUGAUCGGCUGCGAUGCGCCGAAUUGUAAAAUCGAAUGGUUCCAUUUCGAAUGCGUCGGUAUCAUGGUGCCGCCGAAAGGUAAGUGGUACUGUCCGAGUUGUCGACGUAAUCGCGAAAACGUAUCGAAAUUUGUGUGAGAAUACGAAAGAGAAAAAGUUCCAUCUUGGAUCGUUUUUUGUAUUUUCGUGUGUGAAAAGGUCUCUCGAGUUAAACUAUUAACGUGUGUAGCUAUCGAAACGGAAAAAUAUUCGUAAUCGUUUGAACGAAAUUAUUAUAUCGAUUGUUUUCGUUGUUAUUGUUAUUUCUUUUUUCCAAUGUACCUAUUUAAGUAAUUUAUUUCGGCGGGUUUUUCUCCUCCUUUUAUACAUUUUGUUUUUACGAGGGUUUUACUUCAAAACGUAAUUACUUUUUUCAACGUUGUUUAUUACUCUUCUUACUUUACAGUAUUGAAAUCUGUGCAUUUAUCAGUACAAGAAAAUAUACGAUUUCUCGAUGAUUUAUUCAUAUUUUUUUUUUCGUUGCAAUUUUUAUUUAUCCGUAACGCUGACUCUAGAUCGUCGUUCCUUGUUCUACAUAUGUACUUUCACGAUUGUGGCAAUAAGUAAUCAUUUAUUUGUUUGAUUUUUCUUUUUUCUCAGAAGAAAUUAAUAACGUUGUAUUGUUUAAUUCGAGUAGAGUUUAACGUCGAGGGUUUUAGCAUCCUGUGACUUUUGAUGGUAAAAAUGAGAUUGUGUUUGUUUUUCUUUUUCUUUUCUCUUUUUUUCCCCCUUUUUUUUAUAUGUAGUUGGUAAUUUAUAUAAAUUAUUUAUAUAGUGUAUUGUUUAGUACCUGUUUCUAAAAAAAUGACUGUUCCUGAAUGUUCGAAAAGUUUAGUGAUUUUCAAAUUAAUUGUACAAAAUAUGUAAUUUUGUUUGUUUU